AUGGAGACUGCCGAAACGGUUGAGGAGCUAAAGCUAAACUUGGCCCAAGCUCAGGAAGAGGUUGGGCGAGGGCAGGCGGGUAAUGAGAAUAUGCAACGCAACCUUGAGGUUGACCCGCACUUUGUCGCUGCUGGUUUACCGAAAGACAUUUUGGCACCAUAUUUUGGAAACGCAGGGGCAGCGGAUCGUCUUAUUGGUGAGCUGCAGCGGCGACUUUGGGAUGUGCUUCAGCGCAACUCAUUCCUUGAGCAGGAGUCGCAUGCCGGGCACAGCGCACUGAUCCAGAACUACGAAGGGUACAUCAACUGCUUGGAGGAGGAACUGCGCCGCUGUCAAGAGCUGCUCCGCCAACACACAGGCGGUGCCCCAGUGCCAAAGGGCCAGAGCUGA